ACCAUUUCAGAACAGACUCCAGCUCUGACGGUGCCCAGAAAAAUAUGGAAUAUUGAUUAUCCGUCUCUAGUUUUAAGGAUUAAUAUUUUUGCAUUCAAAGGACAUCUGCAAUAUUAUUUCUAAUCAAAUGGGGGAAUAAGGGAAAGGCUAAGUGAAAGUGUGGUGUCUGUCUGUGUUCCUAAUUUGAAUGUGAACCUACUAUCGAGAUGCGCAGCCUAUUGGGACCGUCCCAGUCGGAAUUGAACACGCCUCCCGCCACCCGUCGUCAACUAAUGUGUUCCAUUUCCAAGACGUCAAAGAGUCACAGAGCCAAUACAACGACCUACCGACUUGCAAUAAUCCGCAAAGGCAACACACGGAGGAGUGUACAUUUGUUUUAGAGUCGUGGACUAUUCAAAAGCUGGGACCUGGGGUGAAGUUUGACUGCUACAGGAGGAAUUCCUAGUGUCCUCGUGUGAUUGUCCAAUCAGAGACCUGCAUGUGUGAAGCCGCGGCCAGCAAUGGAACCCUGGCCUGCAGUGGCCUGGGUCCUACUGCUGACGGUCAUCGCUGAUUGGCUGAAAACUGCCCAAUCAAAGGACUUUACAGAACAGGACAUCAUCUACCUCCAUCCCUCAACCACUCCGUUCCCAGGCGGGUUCAAGUGCUUCACAUGUGAGGAGGCACCUGACAACUACGAGUGUAAUCGCUGGGCGCCAGACCUGUACUGCCCACAAGAGACCAGAUAUUGUUACACGCUUCACAAGAUGGACGUGGAGGGGGACAGUGUUUCCGUGACAAAGCGUUGUGUGGCUCUGGAGGACUGCCUCUCUACUGGAUGCUCUGAAGAAGACCAUGAAGGAAACAAGGUCUGUACAGCGUGCUGUGAGGGCAAUAUCUGUAACCUUCCUCUCCCCUGGAAUGAGACAGAGGCCGUGUUCGCCACCACCUCACCUCUCAGUGGCACCACAGGAAUCCCACAGAGCUACAGACUAAUAUCCUGCCUCCUUUUCCUCACCCUCCUCGUCUCCAGCUAUGUUUGAGAAGUGGAGAGAGAUACUGACAUAUACAAUUUUCUUUACCAGUUGAAGGCCUGAUCCAACUGUUAAUGUAUUCCGAUCCAACUGUUAAUGGAUUCAAUCUACACCCUAUGGAAAUAGUACUCACUGAAGUUUUUGACAUUUUAUUUUCCUUUUAAUUAAAAAGGAAUCCAGUUUUGAUUCCCUUUCAUCAUUAUGGUUGGUUUCAAUAAAAUGUGCACUUAGAACUGGACACUGAUACUGCUUCUAAAACACAGGCAAUAUGGCUGUCAAUCUUGAAGGAUUAAACAUAAUAAAAAUCCCAGUAUGAAAUGACAUAAUUCUCCCCCUACUAGUCUUCUGCACAGGGACAGAAGGAGGGGAAACUGUAAACCUUGAAAUGUGUUGUGGCAUGUUUGGAUUCGUCAGUAGGCUAUAUACUGUACGAGUUUCAACAUUUUCCAGCGAUGAGGAAGGACUGAAGAACAGCUUCAGCUUCUAUGAGGAUUUGUCUGGUGUAAUGUUUUUAUGUUUUUACAUUUUCACAUUUGUGAGUCAGUACCCCAUGUUGUAUGUUUGACACAUAUGUACAUAUACAUAGUAUUUAUUUUUUUAUGGAACAUUGUUGUUAGAAGGUGAAUAUGUCUGUGUGAAACGUUACGCCGGUAGGUUUAUAUAAUAGCAUGUAAGUGUAGACUACAUCUUUUAUUUUCCAGCAGGAACAGGUGACAUAGGCGCUGCUCAUCCUUUUACGUCUAGUAUGCAGAAAGUAUUUUUACCGACAUGGAAAGAGAGCCGGGCGCUUAUCAAACAAACACUUAACCCUUUGGUGUUUCUGUUGUGGGAAGACUAUUUCCUCAAAACCUAAAAAAGGAUCAAAGUUAAUUACAGGUCUAUUUUAGCUUCAAAAUUUACCAAUGAUCAAAAAUAAAUCUGACAUUCCACAUGAUACAGCUACCCACAUACCUCAGUGCAGCACUUUGUUUGGCCUAGGCUUUGGAAGCUGUACUGUAACUGUAGGACAAAUAGCAUGUUUUUAUGUCUCGUCAUUUCAGUUUUAGUGAGAGGCAACAAUAAAUGACUUGCUUUGUGCGCACACAAUUAAUUACUGACACUACGUGCUCUUCAGGAGACUUUUUCUCACAAGUGUUUUAAUGUUUUUGUACGUUCUUGUGACAUGUCCCUCUGAUGUUUGUACUGUGCUCUGUUCUGUGACAUGUUUCUCAUCCAUCACUCUCUGUUGGCGGUGUGGUUGCCUGGCCAGGCGAGAAAACUGCAGAGUUAGCAAAUACAGUGUUAUUGUUCUCCAGGAUUUCUGAUUUAUUUAGGCUGACCGCCCGAGACAUAAAGGAGACUAGUCACUUCCCCCCUCCAGACCUGGGUUCAUUUACUAUUUUAAAUCAUCGUUUGGCUUAAUGGACCAAUAGAAUAGUCCCAAAAUGGCAAACCAUGCUCACAUAGUACUUCAGGCAGACUAAAGCAAACGAUCAAAGUAUUUGAAAGAUUUCAAAUAGUAUCUGAACCCAGGUCUGCCCUCCUCCCUCCCUACCACACUGUCUGUUCAGUAGGACUCCAGCCAAACAGCAAAAGGAAAACAGUGAAGCAUGAUUUACAGAAAGCAAACAUUUUUACCUACUGUAGUUUGCUCUGUUAACAUUUAUAAAUUACAUUUCGUUUUUUAUGGGGUAACAUAAGGGCUAAAACAUGUUGUGUCCCUUUAAACCAAUCAGGCAAUACUAGAUUUUCCCUUUUAAAUAUUUUGCCGGGACUUUUGUACUGUGACCUGAAUGCCAACAUAUCAUGCCAGAUGUUGCCUUAACUCAUUCUAAGUAAAUGCUGUACAAUUCAUGGAAGAAGUGCUUGUGCAUGAUCUUAUCUAGUCAUGUUGUGCCAAUUGACGUUAUGUAAAUAUCAUCUCCGUUUGUAUAUGCAAUGUCUCUGUACAUAAUUGUAUAUAUAGAUGUGAAGGACUUUGUAACUUCAUAUUAAAGAUGAAGACAUGACCACUUA